CAGUGUCAGUCAGUGUCAAGCGUGUCAAGCAGGUUGGCGUACCUUACCAACCACCCAACUCUUUCGGAUAAACGCUGGGAAAUGGGACGGACAACCUCGAAAUCUCCUCUUUGUCAAUAUGCCGCUUGGUUGGGCCAUCUUUACCACAUCUUCACCUGGUCCACUGUAGUUUGCCUUGUUAAGAAAGCACAAGCAUUGCACGGAGCGGGCGGUCAUGAACCCGGACGUUACCUUUGGUACUACCUACUUGUCCCGAUUCUAGGUACGUGGACGUCCUCUAAGUGCCUGCGUCCUCUCCGUCAUUCUUUCCUUUCCCGACCUGCAUCUGCCUCCAACGUUGCUGCCACUGGCUAUCAGGCUUGGAUACGUAUUUGCUUAGAUGUGUACCUAGCAAUGCUUGCGUUCCUUUGCAUCAGUUACCUUACCUUCACCAUCAGAAAUUCCCCCUGUGGUUUCCAUGCUUGACUUCGAUUAUGGUAUUCCCAUCAACAACAUCCCCCGGAUGACGAUGCGUCUAGAACAUUUAUCCAUCGGUCAACCAGCUCUGACC